AUGGUUCGUGAAAUGCGGGCUGAAGCGUGGGAACUGAACGCCUAUCAUUCCAUAUGUUUUAUUCUCUCCAUCUGGGCAGACUGUAGUCACUACGUAAUUUUCCGUCCUGGGCUGCUGGCCAAGGUCUUGCACAGGUAUCAUCCCAACACACCGACCGUAUUCUACGGAUUCGAUCGAUGUUUCACGGACCUAGAUGUUCACGGGCCGAAUAGAGAACUAGUGAAAACAGUCGAUCGUAUCAGAGCGAGACAUCGAGCCAGCAUAACGCGAGCGGUUCUGGAUUUCGAUGCGGUCACGAAUUGGGUGUGGGGUCCGGCCCGGCCGGUCCGCCGACUCGGCCAGGACAGCCGGACAGCCGGACCGAGCCGAGCCGAGCCGAGCCGAGCCGAGCCGACCCGAUCGGACCGAAUCCACACUUUCCGCUUUUUGCGCCAGCCAGGCUGCGGGCUUCCACAUCACUUUCACUGUGUUGAGGACAGUCGACCUAUAGCCUGGGGGCAGCGAGCGUUGGCUGCCGGCACGGCGAGACUGUCCCAGUUUUUUGAGGACCCUUCGCGACGCAACGUAUCCAGGAGCAAAGUGCGGAACAACGAGUACGACGGCGAUAAAGCAGGCGGUCGUGGUGACGAUUGGUUUCGACUACGACUACGACUGCGACUACUACGAGACCGAGACCGACACUAG